GUCUGACGCGGCGGCUGCAGAGGAACAUGGCGCUGCGGGGUCGUUCCUGUGUUCCCGUCCUCAGGCUCUGGGCCUUGGGAGGUGCGCGGGCCUGGACCCGCCGGCGUCGUAUUACAGGUGGAGGAAGGCCCAUAUCUUUUUCUGCCUGUGCCUCAAGUGUCUCUGGGAGUGGAGGCCACAGUCAGAAGAAGUUUCUCCUGCAGGACAUCGCUGAGCUGAUUAAAACCAGAGCCUGCCAGAGGGUGGUGGUCAUGGUGGGGGCCGGCAUCAGCACACCAAGCGGCAUCCCGGACUUCAGAUCUCCAGGGACCGGCUAUUACAGCAGCCUCCAGCAGUACAAGAUCCCCUACCCCGAGGCCAUUUUCGAGCUCUCGUUUUUCUUUCAUGAUCCCAAGCCGUUUUUCACUUUUGCCAAGGAGCUGUACCCUGGGAACUAUAGGCCUAAUGCCACUCACUACUUCCUCCGGCUGCUUCAUGACAAGGGGCUGCUUCUGCGGCUCUACACACAGAACAUCGACGGGCUUGAGAGAGCGUCUGGUGUCCCUGCCUCAAAGCUCGUGGAAGCUCACGGAUCCUUUGCCUCGGCCACCUGCACCACCUGCCGAAGACCCUUCCCGGGGGAGGCCUUUUGGGCCGACGUGAUGGUGGACAGGGUCCCACGCUGCCCAGUCUGCACUGGUGUCAUGAAGCCUGACAUUGUGUUCUUUGGGGAGCCGCUGCCCCACAGGUUUCUGCUGCAUUUGGCUGACUUCCCCAUGGCAGACCUGCUGCUCAUCCUUGGGACCUCCCUGGAGGUGGAACCUUUUGCCAGCUUGUCCGAGGCUGUGCGGAGCUCGGUGCCCCGACUGCUCAUCAACCGGGACUUGGUGGGGUCCUUGGCUACACAUCCUCGGGGCAGGGAUGUGGUCCAGCUGGGGGACGUGGUUCAUGGUGUGAAAAGGCUGGUGGAGCUUCUGGGCUGGACAGAGGAGAUGCGGGACCUCAUCCAGCGGGAAACUGGAAAGGUAUGGACUGCUGAGAGUUGUGGGAGGGGCCCUCCUUUCUGCUCUGGGGACUGGUUGACCUGGAGUGGAGCCCUGUUUGGCUAAAACAGUAACAGUAAUAGGCAGUAUUGCUGUUAACCCUGUACCAGGCACUGUCUGGGGACGUCUAUGUGCUUAUGAAUCAGGUGCUGUGAUUCUUUUUUUUUUAAUAAAUAUGUUUUUUUUUUUUUAAAAGCAAGGAGAUUUAAAAAAAAAAGUUCGGAGGAGCCAAUAGAAUGAGUACUUAUCUUAUGAAUAUGUGUAUCUACCUGCUUGUCCAGUAAGAUUAGUAGUUUCCUUAAUUGUUAUGUAAAAUUGCUUUGGAACAAAAUUGUAUAUAUUUUGCUUUGCUCUCAAAGAUUUCCUGGCAGCACCCUUUUCUGGCCUUCAUCCUUCUAAAGUCUUUGCCAGGGCUUACUACUUCCAUAGAGUUGGAAGAUCCUCCACAUCUAUUUUUUUUUUUUUUUUUUUAUGGUCAGGCCCUUUUUAUUAUUCAUUUUGCUGAUAACUUUUUUUUUUUUUUUACAAUAAACUGCAUGUAUUUAGAGUGUACAAUUUGGUAUCCCAAUCUCCCAAUUCAUUCCCCCUGCAACCGUCCCCGCUUUCCCCACUUGGUGUCCAUAUGUUUGUUCUCUACAUCUGUCUCUAUUUCUGCCUUGCAAGCCAGUUGAUCUGUACCAUUUUUCUAUAGUCCACAUAUGUGUGUUAAUAUACGAUAUUUGUUUUUCUCUUUCUGACUCACUUCGCUCUGUAUGACCAUCUCUAGGUCCAUCCAUGUCUCUACAAAUGUCCCAGUUUCAUUGCUUUUUACAGCUGAAUAAUAUUCCAUUGUAUAUAUGUGGGUGCUGUGAUUCUUAACACCUCUGUUUAGAGAUGAAGAAGCUGACGCUUUGUGCCUGCUGAGUGGCAGAGUGGAGAUGAGGGUCCAGGCAGACGGCACUGUCGUUCUGCAGUCCUCACACUUCAGCUGUCUUUUGUACCAUAAACUAAAGGAGCACCAAACAGCUCCAGGCUAAGUGUGAUUCUGAAGUUCUCUGAAGCUGUGUGGGAUGAUGCUUUUAGGAGAUAACCAGCGUGAGAGGAGUUGACUUCUUAUCAUCUGCUGAGGGUAGAAAGCCAGAGAGCCUUGCUCUCUCUAGAUGUCAAACCUCCGAUAAACAAGUGAAGUUAUAGAAGAUGCAGUUUCCCAUGAGAAUCAGCAUGUGUAGCCUUGAUGUGAGGGGUUACCUUCUACAGGGGACAGCAUUAAGUAUUUGAAGUCCAGUUGUCUCAAAGAGGAUUGUUCAUGAUUACAGCCAGUUAUAACACUGCCCAAAGUGGACUUCACCAGAAUGCUGUAAUUUAUGUUCUUGUUGUCUCGGGAAACCUCCACCUUUUGGCCGUGACUGCCUCAGGGCUCAGGGCCAUGGGUCAGCCCUUUCCUCUCACCUCCACUGGCAAAAAACCCCAGCCUCUGGCUACAGCCUGAUUUCUUACCAAUUUGAACCAAAGCGAGAAUAUGAGGCUUUUUAAGGACACAAGCCUUUGCAGUUAUAUUGUUUUCAUGGUAUUAGACAUCACUGCCUUCCAAUCUAGAGUAUGGCUCUUAGGGAUAAGAUGUAGGACAGUGCCGUUUCUCAUCUCAUUAUAUGGGGGAAAUAAAGACCAUCAAAUGUCAAAGUCAUGUUGCUGGGUCACUUAAUGGAAGCAGAGUCCACCUAACACAGCUGCUUACACUUUACACCUCAGGAGGAACAGUAGCAGAUGCCCCGCUCACCGGGGAGUGGAUCUUGGUCAGACCUGCCUGGCAGCUUACAUGGGAGCCUUUCUGUGGCUUCCUACUUCCAUAUCACAGCAAGACUAAGUCAAGUAGUCUCCAUGGACUUUUGGAUUUAGCCCUGUGGGAUUUGACCUGUGCUGUUUUCUAGUUCCACUGAAAUUUAUGUAAAGUAUGUUAUCAUUUUAGGGGUUUACUUAUUUUAAAAGAGUUGCUGUCCAAGAGUAAACACUAAGGGUUGAAGUCUAAGUUGGAUUACUUUUCCAAAUAGUGAAUGUUCUUGAGUACAUCUCGACUCGUUUUUUAAGCAAAGCCCUUCAUUUUAGCCACCCAGUUUUGCCCAGCCCUGCUGGCAUCAUCUUAACUUGGUUGAAAAGCAGUAUUUGCAGACAGGAAGCUUCUGUUUAUGAAAUAGUUCAAUUCUAGGCCUUGAGAUAUGCCCACGUAUGUUUUUGGAUAACCAGUUUUCUCUCU